AGGAUGUCCCAACUUCAAACGACUUGUAGCUCUGCAGUUGAUAAAUAGACACCUCAAGAAGAGGCAAAGUGCUUCAGUUUGUGUUUCUUGUAUAAGCAAGUGAUACUUCUGUUGGCAUUCAAUCCUUUCAGACUUAGGAAAUUUUCAUUUGGAUACAAUGGCUCGGUCAUCGUCUGCAAUUGAAUUCACCAUUUUAUACACACUUUUCUGCAUCCUCCUGGCCACUCACAUUGCCUCAGCAGCUGAUGGUGAUAUUGAGGAAUCCAAGCCCCGUCGGUCCGGAAACAUGGGACUCUUCCCUUUUCCCAGAGUUGGUAGAUCUGAUCCAGAAAUGAUGGCCUAUGACAAUGGCAUGUACUCGUUAGAAGAUUAUGAUGUGCCCAAGUACGAGAUGAAACGUCAAGGUUUGAUACCCUUCCCACGAGUAGGACGUUCCAGAACUGGCACAAUGCUGGCCAAACUUGCACGGGAGGAAUAUGGGAAACGGACAGGAGGUGUGGGUGCCAAUGGGGGACUCUGGUUUGGACCACGCUUGGGAAGAAUUCAAAAGCGCAGUCCUAACCAUGACGACACAAUCCAAGUGAAAAGUCGCCAUGAUAUUUAUACACCCCGACUGGGACGUGAAAGUGAUGAACUGGAGAACACAGAAUACGACGAACUACUAACCCUUCUACCGAAUCUCAAGAGCUUCAGUUAAUUUGACAAAAUGAAUGGAAAAUUCUACUCUCACUGUAUAAAUGAAAGAUACUAACACUAAAGAGAUAUUUUCGACAAUAGAACAUUAAAUCCACAAGGCUGGUGAAAAUUUCUCAAAAGGAAUUUUUAAAAAAAGGAUUUAAAAUUCUAUUGUAACAUAUUUGAAGUUUUCUUUUUGUAAAUCUCAUUAAAUGGAUUUUCUGCAGUUACUAUCACCAGAAAUUUCUUACUUAUUGUGCUGAAGAGUUGCAAUAAAGUAUAUUUCUGCAUUAAACAUAAUAAUUGUUAAAUAUGUAUAAAUAUUGGCAAAUAAAUGCAAAAAUGCAUGAAGC